AUGUCAUCCAAAGCAAGCACAGACAGUCUCUUCGCAGCGGCCGAGACUCGCAUCUCGUGCUACGAGCUCGCCAAAGAAUCACUAAUUCCAGAUUCUCGGAUCCAGGAGAUCGUGGAACAGGCAGUCAAGCACGCGCCGUCCUCUUUCAACGUCCAGUCUACCCGUGCAGUCGUACUGGUCAAGGGUCACCACGAUGAGCUCUGGGACAUCGCGGACCGCGUAGCCAAAUCCUCACACGCCGAAGCACACGAGAAGAUGCUAGGAAAGAUGGUCUCUGACUUCAAGGGAGCUUAUGGUACCGUGCUGUGGCUGGAGGAUCAAGAUGCACUCGAUGCGUUGGCAGCGAAGAAUCCGAUGUUCGGCCAUCUCGUGCCGCAGUGGAGCGAUCAUUCGAGUGGGAUGAAUCAGUUCGUGGCCUGGACGGGAUUGGAGUUGGAGGGACUCGGCUGCAAUCUCCAGCAUUUCAACUUCAUGCCUGAAUUCGAAGAGGAAGUUGCCAAGCGGUGGGACCUGCCAAAGACGUGGAAGUUGAAGUCUCAGCUUGUCUUUGGCAAGCCAAUAAAUGGCUUAGUUCGCAAGAAGCCGAGGACUUAUGCACCGCUGGAGGACCGGGUGAAGGUGUUUGGCGCAUGA